AUGCCGCGAUUGAAGGCUGCAACAGUAUCUGGCCAGACCGUACGAAAACGGAAACGAAAGGUUCGCGACGAUGACGUAACGGAAGAAGCUGCACUGGCUACUGAAGGCCAGAAUGAAGUCGUGGGACCCGACGGCUCGCUGAUCGAACCUCACCAGCCGGAGACGGUCGAGAGCACGACUACGACAGUAGCCACCAAAACGCACGAUGGAGGGAAGAAGCCACGAAGAACUCCAAAGAAGAAGAAUACUAGCAAGCCAACUCUUGCACGCCAUGGCUCCUCCGCGCUUGUCGAAACGUCAAUACCCUGGCCCGAGCACUUUACGAAGCUUGCUCAAGUACAUCGGGCGAUGAACAUGGUGUACACCUUUCUCUGCACGCGCAAGCAUCUCGCGACAACGCUGGAUAAUCUAAAAAGCACUGUUGAGAGCAAUCUACAACGAGAGCUCGUCAUAGAAGAUGUAGCGCAAAUCACAGCAUUGAUUCCAAAAGCAAUCAAUUUUGCAUAUGUCGACGAAGCCAUGCUGCAAAUCAAUCUAAUGGGCUCGGAAGAUAACCUGAAAGGAAGACGGACAACAGACUUUGCUAUUUUGGAGCCUGAACCGGAUAAAGGCGAACACAAGGAGGUGCUGCUUUUCGAGUUUGUUGAUGGCGAUCUGAAGCGCCAGGUCAAGGACAAGAAGACUGGAGAGCCGACCAAGGCUACGACGAAGCUGCGUAAUGAGGAUCUCAAGAUGCCUGUGUACAGUCAGAAGCAGAUGAUGAAUCUUAUCGAGAAGCGGAACGUCAAGUUUACGUCGGCAGUCAAUGCAUUCUUGAAUCAAUGCGCCGAGGAGGGUUUAGAUGCAGUGGAGAAGAUCAAGGAGGUAUCAAAAGUUUACAUACCAGUCUCCAGUGAGAGUAGAGAAUCGACACCUGGUCCAGAGAGAUCGUUGAUACCAGCAACCAUUCCCGCCGAACGCAAGCCCAUCCCAGAAAUCCUGGAUGAGAUCAAGUCACUCGAAUGGUAUACUGGUCAAAUCGUGCCAGACGGCCACCGCGUCUUCGAUCCUCAAGAGCCAGUAUACGGCGAUUUGAACUUUGCCAUGUCGCAGAACCUUGUGAACGCGCUCUACAACACGAGAAACAUCACUCAGUUAUACGCACAUCAGGCCGAGGCUAUCAACAACUUGUACGAUGGACAUAAUGUGAUUGUCUCGACGUCAACUAGCUCUGGAAAAUCACUCAUCUACCAAAUACCGGUGUUGCACCAGCUCGAACAAGAACCAAACACUCGGGCAAUGUACAUUUUCCCAACAAAAGCGCUAGCACAGGAUCAGCGAAAGAGUAUGAAGGAGCUUCUGCGGUUCAUGCCUGGGUUCGAAGAGGUGCUGGUGGAGACGUUUGACGGUGACACGCCGAUGAGCGACCGCAACUACAUCCGAGAUGAGGCGCGCAUCAUAUUCACGAAUCCUGAUAUGUUGCACAUUACCAUAUUACCGCAAGAGGAUGCAUGGCGCACAUUUCUGCAGAACCUACGAUUUGUCGUGGUGGAUGAAUUGCACGUCUACAACGGACUCUUUGGAGCACACAUGGCCUUCAUCAUGCGUCGUUUACGGAGGAUAUGUGCAGCGGUGGGAAACCGCCAUGUAAAGUUCAUUUCCUGCUCUGCUACGGUGGCGAACCCAGAAGAGCAUAUGAAGACGAUAUUCGGGGUUGAUGAGGUCAAGUUGACGGAUUUCGAUGGCUCGCCUUCUGGACGGAAAGAGUUUGUGUGCUGGAACACUCCGUUCAAGGAUCCAGGGGACCCUACGUCUGGACGUGGUGAUUGUAUGGCUGAGACGGCAAAGUUGUUUUGUCAGCUCAUGCUCAGGGGCGUGCGAGCGAUUGCAUUUUGUCGUGUGAGGAAGCAGUGUGAGGCACUGCUUGCUGCAGUCAAGACGGAACUGACGAACCUUGAGCGAACAGAGGUUAUUUCAAGAGUCAUGUCAUAUCGCGGUGGCUACACGCCGCAAGAUAGACGCGAGAUUGAACGGGAAAUGUUCGAAGGCAAACUCUGUGGUAUCGUGGCCACAAGUGCGCUGGAACUCGGUGUCGAUAUUGGAUCUCUAGAUGCCGUCGUCACAGUUGGAUUCCCGUACACUAUCGCCAACCUCCGCCAGCAGAGUGGCCGUGCAGGUCGAAGAAACAAAGACUCUCUAUCCGUCCUCGUGGGCGACUGCUUCCCCACCGAUCAACACUACAUGUCCAACCCUGACGAGAUCUUCACCAAGCCAAACUGCGCCUUACAAGUCGACCUAGAAAAUAUGCUCGUCCUAGAAGGCCACGUCCAAUGCGCCGCCCAUGAACUCCCCAUCAACCUCGAAACCGACACCUCCUACUUCGGGCCCCUCCUCCCCAAACUCGCCCGCGAACGCAUGCGCCUCGACAGAGACGGUUUCUACCACGUGAACACACGUUUCCUCCCUCAACCCUCCCGCACCGUCGCCAUUCGCGACACAGAAGAAGACCACUUCGCCAUCAUCGACACAACUAACAACCGCAACGUCGUGCUCGAGGAACUCGAAGCCUCCCGCGCCUUCUUCACCCUCUACGACGGCGGCAUCUUCCUGCACCAAGGAAACACAUACCUCGUCAAAGAAUUCCACCCCGACCGCAUGCUCGCAAAAGUCGAACUCGUAAAAGUAGACUGGACAACCCAACAGCGCGACUACACCGACAUCGACCCCGUCGAAACACAAGCUAUACGCCGCAUCCCCGGCUCCCACUCAAAAGCCUUCUUCGGCCCCAUCAAAAUCACUCAAGUCGUCUACGGGUUUUUCAAGAUCGAUAAGAGGAGGAGAAUCCUUGAUGCCGUGCAGGUUGAUAAUCCACCUAUUGUGUUGCAUAGUAAAGGCAUGUGGCUCGAUGUGCCCACCUCCGCGCUCCAAAUUCUACGUUCCAGACGCCUUAACAUUGCCGCUGGUAUCCACGCCGCCGAACACGCUGUGCUGAGCUUGAUGCCGAAUUUCGUCAUCAGUUUACCAGGCGACGUACGCACAGAAUGCAAAGUCCCCGAAAAGGAAUUUCUAGCAAAAGACUCGCUGCGCAAAAGACCAGCUAGACUAACCUUCUAUGACGCAAAAGGUGGCGCAAAUGGAUCGGGCAUCAGCACCAAAGCCUUCGAGUUCGUAGAUGAGUUGCUCGAACGUGCGUGUCAGAGAUUGAUGAACUGUCAUUGCUUGCAAGGAUGCAACGAGUGCUGCAACGACGAUGCUUGUAAGCAGGCGAAUCAGGUUAUGUCGAAAGCGGGUGCGGGUGUUAUUAUAAUGUGUUUGCUGGGACGCGAGAAGGAUAUUGAUGUUGAGGCGUUGCCGUGGGGAGAGGAGGAUGUCGAGGCUGGGUUUGAUACUGUUGUUGAGGCUGUGGGGGUGCGCAUGGCGGAGGGGGUGGGGAGGGAUGGGGGAAAGUUACCUGGAGAGGAUGAAAACGGGAGAUUGAGGGGGGAGAUGGAGGGGGAGAAGAUGGUUAGAGCAAAGUUGGUAGAUGGGGUUUGGGUUAAAGAGGAAGAAGAGGAUGAGGAUCAUUUUAGUAGGAGUGUGCAUAUGUUUGGGGGUGAGAGGACGUUUAUUGGGGUGCAUCGAUAG